GUAAAUCAGUACAAUAAGUGCACUGAUUGAAAAUCAUACGCUUAAGUAUUUCAAAUCUUCUGGUAGAUUUGCUAGAGCGAUCUACGUCACUAAGCGGUUCUGAAGAAGACAAACAGCACGGGAAACACCAAACAAGAAAUCGUGGUUUGGGGGACAGAUUUAUCGAUUUUAUGAAUCAAGAAGGCAAAAAAAAAAAGGAUAUUCGCCCUUUUAGCCCACUUGCUCAUUUCAUCAUUCGUUGUAGAAACGGAGUUUCUGGUCGCCCUGAUGUGCCUAAGAACAUAUAUACUGAGCAUUUGGACUGGCACAAUCAAGAGCCAUCCAAAGUAUAUCCUUUUUCUGGUAAUCAAAACGAUUACAUAGACAGCGUGGUUGAUGCUGCUUCGGUCGAGGAAUUCAAAGGCCUCAUAAACAAAAGAAACGACAGCUCUGAUGAAUACAAUUUCAUCCAUGCCAUUUUUUCGCGAAUGAAAAAAGUUUACACGGCCAAAGUACCAAUGACAACAUCCAAGUCAACUUUUAAUUACUACUUGGUACACCCUUUGUUGAAGCUGGUGUCUGAAUUUCUCUCCGAAAAAACACCAUGUGGAUUCUUUCCAGAAGAAAUUGCACUUCAUGCCAUGAGAAAAGUCCAGAAAGAGGAAGGCAAAAGGGACUACCUGGCUGACGCCCUUUAUAAGUUGCUUGACUAUAAGCAACUUGAAGUCUUGCUCCUGGAAACAUCAGGCCCAUACAAGAACAACAACGCCACCAAAAUUGACUUUGACAACCACAAAGGAGUGUGUGACUUGUUAGUCUUGCUGAAAAUAAUUUCCACUACAAAUAAAUAUGCAAAGAUCGAAUGUUUU